GGCCUUCAUCAGAACAAAACCUCCCCUUUCGGUUAUCCCGACGCGAACCUUCCGCCCCCCGAGCUAUGGACGAAGCGUUCGACUUCCAAGGCAAAAGGGCCAAAGCCGAAGAAUUGGAAGUGACUGGAGUGUCCAGGUCCGGCAGGGUACGCAAAAAGUCAUCGAAGCUGACCGAUUUCGAAUCCCUGGACGAUCUGGAGGCCAGGGCGAGGAAGAAAGACAAAGAAACUCUACCGACAACAUCCAGGCCGGCCAAGAAGGAAAAGGUGAAACAGGAAGAAAUGUUCUCAGAAGAGGAGCUGAACCACCCGCCCUACGCGACCAAGCAGGAAGGCUUCAGCGAGGAAAGUGACUUGGACGUGUAUCAGCAGAACGAGGAAUCCAGCCUCGAAUCACUCGACAGUGAAAUGGAUGACAUAGAAGAAGCUGAGAUUGAGGAGGAGGUCGAAGGUUUCCAGCAGAUCGGGGGCGAAUCACUCGAUGAGGGCCAAAACCAGUCUAUCUUCCUGCUCAACAAGGGGAACAAGAAGAAACUCGUCAUCAAGGACGGAAAGAUAUUGGGGAAGAAGACCAAGAAGGAAAAAGCGAAUUCGAGAUGCACCCCGUACAUGCUCUGGGCGAAAGAAAUCCGCCAGGAGUUGAUGCGGUCUAACCCCGAUUUGGAUUUUUCCCAGACGAGCAAGAAACUCGGCGAGCUCUGGGCGACAGUGCCUUUCCACGAAAAAUACAUCUGGAAGCGUAGGGCGAAAAGGCUGGCGGAAAGGUCAACGGCAGCCAAGGCGGGACCGGGUGGAGGUGGAGGGGUGGAGUCGAAGAAGAUGAAAUCGCCUCCGGCUAGGAAGUUCAUCAACAAGCAGAAUGUAUCGUCACCCACUUCGCAGAACACGACCAUAAUACAAAACGCAUCACCUACAGAAGCCAAAGGGCCGAAAGCUGUGGUGGAAUCGAACGUAUUCAAACCAGUCGGAACAACUCCGCUCGAUGUAGCGGCUCACCUCCGCCUUCUCGGCGAGUCGCUAACCAUCAUCGGGGAAAGGCUCACUGAGCAUGAAGGGCAGAUAACAGUAUCAGGGAGUUUCUCCGUACUUCUCGAUUCGCUCCUGUGCGCCUUGGGGCCUCUCAUGUGCCUCACCCAGCAGGUACCGCAGCUCAACGUCAUCCCACAAGAGCAGCUGUCACAACUCAUGGACAACAUAGCCUAUAUAAUGCCCGGGCUGUAGAUUUUUCUGUGUAUAUAUUUUCAUGCUUUUUUCUUUGUAAAUAUAUAUAUAUUUUUUUUUAAAUAUA